UUUUUUUUACAUACCUGUUAACAGGUCAAAGAAGGCGGUCUGGAGCAAAUCAUCUGAAGAGCCGUGAUCGAGUCGAGCAUGUGCAGAUGAGCUGAAGCCUCUGUCGUAUCUGAUGCUGGCGAGCAGACCCGCAAUUGCGCCAGGAUGGAGAGAUCGCGGGGCUGGAGAUGACGCAAAUGACCCCGCUCCCCCAAAAAGUGUUUCAAGAAGAACAUGGCGGCAACUUAGCAGAGGACCAAGAUGAUUGAAGAAAUCAAAAGGCUAGAGCCACGGCAUUCUGCCCAGACACGGAGGAGAAAAUCGCCCGGCUGAGACAAGCGUGAGUUUCGCGAACCCUGAUGCUCGGUGGUUAAGAGGAGCGCAGGCUGCUGAGAGCUGAGCUACGGAAAGGGAGAAAGCUCAGCACACUCAAGAGGAACGAGAGAGGCAUGCUGUCACAGAGAAGUAGGUUUUUCUCAAGAGAGCCAUGGAUAACCGUGAUAUGACAAUGCCUGGCAUAAUCUCUUUGCAUGCACUAAUUGGAUGGGAAUAGCAGAUCAUUGCGGAGAAAAGGCAGAAGCACCUCAAAGCCAACGUUUAACAGGGAAAUACAAGCAGAAUAUUCUCACGUCAAUGCAUAUUGUGGCAAAGGAGUCCUCACGGUGGAGUCGGUCAGUGCUGCGCGUUCCCAAAAUAUGACCAGGGGUGCUUGGAUGUGUCGGCAGCAAGAUGACGGCUUAAAAAUCUGGUUUGCACCCCGAGAGAACGAGAAACCUUUUGCCGAUUCAGAAAGGGCUCAGAAAUGGCGACUGUCCUUAGCAUCUCUCUUGUUUUUUACUGUCCUGCUCUCUGAUCACUUGUGGUUCUGUGCCGAGGCGAAACUGACGCGACCCAGAGACAAGCAGCUGCAGGACAAGUUCGCAUCCGCCAACAUGAGCGAUCACUUCUCAUCAUCAACAGAGCAUCUACUCUGGUCAGCCCUCCAUUCACCCCCCGACAGCCUCAGCAAAGACAAGAAUGCUAUUUUUAUAGGGAAUUCUACCAAACCGUGGUGGCGACUAGAAACUUGUCAUCCGCAUAGUUUAUCUAAAAACUGUUUUACUUUUGAAGACGCUGAAUCUGUUUGCAGAAGCAUGAGUGAGGAUACAAUACCCACAUCUUUGAAUUUAAGCGAUUUUUACCUUUCUUUUUGUAAUUCCUAUUCUCUUUUGGAUUUGUUUAGCGAUUUGCCCAGUCCGGACAAUUUAAACUGUAGCCUUGAAGUGGCUACGGAUGGUAAUUUAUCCGAAUGCAGUCAAUGCAUUCAGGCGUACCAGCUCUAUGACCAGCAUGCUCAGGAGAAAUAUGAAGAGUUUGAGGUUAUGAUUCACAAAUUCUUACUCUCGGAUGGAUAUUCUGUAAACUCGUGCUUGGAAGACUGCAAGACUGUCUACAAACUCUGGCUGUGUUCCCAGUAUUUUGAAGCAACACAACAUCACUGCAGUAAAAGAAUUCCUUGCAAGCAAUACUGUUUGGAAGUCCAGACGAGGUGUCCGUUUAUAUUGCCAGACAAUGAUGAUGUCGUCUAUGGAGGAAUGCCAAGUUUUUUAUGUACAGGGCUCUUGGAUAACCCUCCGACCAAUGCAGAACCAGAGUGCUGUGAUGUCAGAUGGGACUUUAUAGCAGAUCACCAAUCCAAAGGGACUAUAAAAGCAACCGAUUCCGUCUUGUACCAUCAUAGGACAUCGCUUGCAACCUCUGCAGCAUCCAGACUGUGCAACAGCAGGCUUAAACUGUGCAUCUUAGUGCUAAUUCUCUUACAUACGGUCGUCACGGUGACGGCAGCACAGAACUCCACGGGGCUCAGUUUGGGGGGGCUCUCGACUCUGGAAGACCACCCGACCAAUGAAGAGUGACGGAGCCCGGCCGAUUGGCCACUGCUACCAGCACAGCCAAGACCAUGGAUCCCAUCGGCAAGAAAGUGAGAGGGGUGGGCCGAGAUCGCAAACAGAAGGGACACACGCACACACGUAUGUACACCGACACACGCAAAGGAGAAGGACAAGGAGCGAAACGCCACAGCCUUUUAUUAACUUGAGGUUUUCCUUAGAAGCCAGUUUUCUAGUUUUCCCACACCAUUUUAUACACUGGGAUUUACUGUUUGGGAUUUUUUUGCACUAGGUUAUUCUAAGA